AUGUCUUUCGAAGACACCACCGAUCAAUUCAUCACAUACGAGAGUCGCUUGGCCUCUUUUCAAAAGAGCGCAAAGAAGCGAGGUUCUGCUGCCAGUGGAAGAGGAGCCAAAGCCCUCGGCUGGCCACACAAGAGCAUAACACCUGCAAGCCUUGCUCGCGCUGGACUCUUCUUCAACCCUACACCACAAAAUCCCGACAAUGCUUCAUGUUUCCUCUGCCACAAGGGCCUCGACGGCUGGGAAGCGAACGACGACCCUCUCAUCGAGCACCUGAAGCACGCUCCCGAAUGUGGAUGGGCAGUUGUCGCCGCGAUCGAGGCGGAAGUAGGCGAUUAUGCGCAACAAGAUCCUGAUCAGCCAUACAUGAAGGAAGCUCGAAAGGCAACAUUUGCUGGCAGGUGGCCCCACGAUUCCAAAAAGGGAUGGAAGUGCAAGACCAAGCAGCUGGUUGAGGCAGGAUGGAAGUACACACCAACCGAGGACUCGGAUGAUAUGGCUACUUGUACCUACUGUCAACUUGCGCUUGACGGCUGGGAACCGGGUGACAAACCUCUCGAUGAGCACCACAACCGAUCGCCCGACUGCCCUUUCUUCAUAAUGCUUGAGGCAUCGCAACCUGCCAAGAAGUCUAGCAGAAGCAAGGCAGGACGUGCAUCUAAAGCGUCGCGCCUAUCUGUCCAAUCUGUUGCUACAAUCGCUUCCGAGACCACCUCGAUAAUCGAUUCGACAGCUGCUAUGGAGGACAGUGUGUUGACAACGAGCUCGACCGCCCAGGGUGGAAAAAAGACAAAAGCACGCAAAACGACCACAAAGGGACGGAAAACAAAGGCCAAGAAGGACGCACAAACUGAAGAGACCGAGGUUUCAAUUGGAGAAGAAUCAUCGCUGAAGCCUUCUCGAGGAAGAAAACGCGACAGCACAGCAGUGGAAGAUGUCAGUGUCGCUGUUUCCGAGGGUCCACCAGGCAAGAAGCGCGCGACACGUACACACGACAGCGUGGUUAUAAAUGAGUCAACAUUAGAACAUGAGGAAGACCCAGACACGACUGAAGCUUUAGCCACUAAGAAGGGUGGGAAGAAGAAAGCAGCUCGAAAACCUACAUCUAAAUCUGCUCGCGAUGUCUCCAUAACCUCUGUUACAUCCGAGCUGGCUACCACGACUUACGAAGCAACGCCUGGAACGUUUCCUGACGAUGACGAAAUAGAGCGACAGCUCGAAGCUGAUCUGGAGAGACAGCUCUCAGAAGACGACGAGAUAACUGCUGAUUCGGAUUCGGAGAGACUCAAGACAGAGAGAGAAAAGGUACCCAAGGCUGAGCAGCUCGAAUAUUCACGCGACUAUCCCAUGUUGAACCCUGAGCCAGUAGAGCCAAAUGAGGAAGAAGUUGAAGACGAACUCAGGGCUUUACAAGCUGAGAUGGAAGUCGAUGAAUUGGAAGCCGAGCCCGUACCGCAACCCGAGCAAGAAGUUGAAGCUGAAGCUGAGGUUGAACACCAAGAAUUGCAUGUUCCGAAGAAGGGAAGAAAGGCUGGAACCAGGAAAGCAUCAAAACAAACCAAGCCGAAGAAGGCCAAGACAGCACCUGAGCCUGCUGAUGAGGACGAAAUUGAGCCUGAGCAAACCCAGGCUGAGGAACCCAUAGAAGAUGUUACCCAGCCAGAAGCAGAGGCUGAUGUAGACGAGCCACUUCAUGAUGACAGUCUCGCUAGCACCGACACUGUGCUUAAGAAGUCGGCGGCUUCUCGCUCGAGUGCAGGCAAGCGAAGCCGUGGACGUCCAUCUAGAGCAUCUGUCGCCUCUCACGUCUCUGCCGAUGAGCUUGAGCUGGUUGAAGCACCAGCGGAAACUCCCACCGAGCCCACCCAGGAGCCCGUGAAACGGCCCCGGGGACGCCCAUCCAAGGCCUCAUUAGCAUCUCGUGCAUCUAUCGGGGCCGAAGAGAGUCAUUUGAGUGAUGCACCCCCUAAGCGUGGCCGUGGUCGUCCAUCUAAGAAGUCAUUGGAGGCUCGCAAGUCGAUGGAAGCUGCAGCAAGCCAGGAGCCAACGCAGCCUUUUACUCAGCCAGUGGAAGAGCCAAUGCAGGAAGACGUGGAGGUCUACGCGUCCGAGGAGCAGAAAGAAGAGCUUGAGUCAGCACGUCCAUCAUCUGCAGUAGGGCCUGUGCCUUCAUCCCCGCCCCCAAGCUCAGCUCAUAUGGCCAAUCCGCCCUCUACUCCUGGGAGGGCUGUAUCUCCUGCGCCUUCGGCCAGACAAGCAGCCAUCUCUCCUUCUCAAUCUCCUCAGUCUUCAGAUGCCGAGAACCAACCGCCAUCAUCAAAACAAACGUCUAGUGCCAACCCCAAGAAGGUGGCGAUUGCGCCUGUGGCAUCUACACCCACGCGUAGCUCGCCCAUGCGCAGCUCACCAUCCAAGCGCAACGUGAUUGCGGGACUCCGUAGCACAGCACCUUGGACGGAGCUGGACCUCGAGGCCAUCUUUGGCACACCACGUAACAAAUCGGAAAAGGAGAAUGGCAUGGAACGAUACCUUAAGCAGGGCCAGACUUUGACGUCACCUGAGAAGCAAAUGACAGUACAGGAGUGGAUAUUCUACAAUGCUUCAGAAGCUGAGAAGAAGCUGAAGCAUGAGUGCGAGUCGAUUGUUCACCGGUUUGAGAGCGAAGGCACAAAGGCGAUGCGUGUGCUUGAGGGAUUGGUUGUGGAAUGA